AUGGGUAAAGAUGAUAAAGAGUUAGAGGAGAUUUGGAAAUUGUUUCAAGAUUCAAAUGAAGAUGUACAGAAGAGAAGAAAAGAAAUAACAAAAGCUAUUCAAAAAGAUACAAAUUUGAAUGAGUAUCCUGGACUGGUGUCAUUGAUGACAGCAUUAGACGAGUUAAUCGCCUGCUUUGCUUUGGGAGGUCAAGUGAAAAACUAUUAUAGAUAUGGUACCUAUGAUUCAUGUACGAGACAGAGAGAAAAAUUUUGGUUUGCUAUAAAACAUGGGUCAUUUAGAGAACAGGAAGAAAGACCACUCGAAGAAUUAAGUGAAAGGGAGUUGACCAACCGUAUCAAAGUACAAGAAUUUUAUAAAAAGAGAUUUCUUGAAGAUAAGGCCAAGGGAAGCUCAGAGGAUAUUUGGGACAAACGUGAGGAAUUAUUAAGUAACCCGUUUAAGAAAUAA